AUGUCCUUGAGAGAGGUAUCCAAUUAUGAGAUUCCUUUUUACAUCCCACUGUCUUACGGAAACAGGACCCAUAAAAUUUGCAAACUCCCGAAUGGAAUCUUGGCCUUAAUAAUAUCAGAUCCAACAGAUAGCUCAAGCUCAUGCUCGCUGUCAGUUUGCACAGGCUCUCACAAUGAUCCAAAAGAUAUUCCGGGCUUGGCACAUCUUUGUGAACACAUGAUUCUUGCUGCAGGUUCUAAAAAAUACCCUGACCCAGGUUUAUUUCAUACACUAGUCGCCAAAAAUAAUGGCUCGCAAAAUGCUUUUACAACCGGAGAGCAGACCACUUUCUACUUUGAAUUACCCAAUACCCAAAGUAACGGCGAACUUGCAUUCGAAUCAACUUUAGAUGUGUUCGCCUCAUUUUUCAAAGAACCGCUCUUUAACCCUUUGUUGAUAGGAAAAGAAAUAUAUGCUAUACAGAGUGAGCAUGAGGGAAACAUGUCAUCAACGACAAAAAUAUUCUAUCACGCAACGAGGAUGUUGGCCAAUGCAGACCACCCUUUUAGCCAGUUCUCCACUGGAAACAUACACUCAUUGUCAAGUAUUCCACAUUUGGAGAAAAUAAAUCUGAAAAACUCUCUGAACACAUAUUUCAAGAAUAAUUUUUAUGGGGAAAAUAUGACGCUCUGCAUGAGAGGUUCACAAUCCGUAAAUAUUCUUACGAAAUUAGCCAUUUCCAAGUUUGGUGAUAUAAGCCUUAAAAAUAACAUAAGAGGGAGCAACUUUUCGAUUAAGGCAGGGUCAUUUCGAAGAUCGCGAUCAUUUCGAAGAUCUCAGGACGUCUCUCGAAUUGGUUCCUGGAAUUUAGAAAACUCUAAAAUAUCAGACACCGUAUGGGAGGAGAAAUAUGGGAAUACUAGUUGUUUUGAAGAUGCUUCAAGAUAUAAUUCAAUAUUCAUCAAUUCAAGCAAAGCUCCAAUUAUGAGGUUUUUAUUUCCAGUCUCUGACAAAAAUACCAGAUUCACGAAGAAAGACAUUAAAAUAUACAGUCAUUUAUGGCGCGAACUCUUUGGUGAUGAGUCUCCAGGAUCUUUGAGCCAUUACCUAGUGUCAAAAGGCUGGGCUACCAGUUCUUUCGCCUUUACCUCAGAAUUUGCUGUCGGUAGUAUAGGAUUAGUGUUAGAGUUAGAACUUACAAAAUCCGGCUGGAAAAACGUGGAGAGCAUUGCAACCACGAUAUUUUCUGAGCUACUGCCUUCCUUUUGCGCAAAAAACGUUGACCAUUUAAUCAGUUUUUUAAGAGAACAGAAUUUAAUUGACAUAGCUCGUUUUUUGUAUCAGAAUUCAGAGGAUUUGCCUAUGGAAGAAUGUUCACAGUUAAGUGGCGUUCUCCAAGAAAAUUUAGAGUGCCUGACCCCCUGCAAUAUUUUUAAAGGUUUCAAAUCUCUCAUAGAAAUCAAUGAUCCUAACAUUGAAAAAUAUGAAGACAGUAAGCCCAACGUUCAAUGGUGGACAGGUCAGGCAAUUAAGUUUCAAAACUUCUUGAAAUCAUUUAUGAAUCAUGAGAAUACGCGACUUUUAUUGUUAGGAGAUAUAAAAUCUUGCAAUCUGUUUGAUAAAAUCGAAGAUAAGAGCGAAAUACACACUGAGUUUUUCUAUGAGUUUGAAUAUUAUAUGGGGAAAGUUCACUUGUCAGAAGAUCACGAUCCUCACUCACAAAGCGCAUAUGAAUUUAAUUUCCCGACAAAUAAUCCAUUUUUACCAGAUUUUGUUAAUGAUCCUUUAAGGCUGCAGCAGCUUUACUUAGAGUGUUCACUAAAAUCAAAAUUUGCUACGCUAAGGCCCCAAAUUCAAAGUGAACCCAUCAAAAUACUACCUCAGUUAGUCAGCAAAAAUUUGAAUUAUGAAAUGUGGGUCUUGAAAGAAGAUCCAAAUUUCACUUCAGACAAUGUAUCAGUAGUAUCUUUUGAAGUAAUAGGACUGGGCAUUAAACCUAGCCCAGAAGCGACGAUUCAUUUGGAAGUUUUGGCACAAAUAUUGUUUAUUACCACCUCUUCAGACCUCUAUCCAGCUCUAAGGGCUGGUUAUACUUACGAGAUCGCGUCCUCUAGUAAGGGCAAUGUCACACUCCGAUUUACCAUUUCUGGGUUUUCAGAGGGUGUUUUCAAGAUAACAAAAGCAUUCGUAGAUACGUUAAAACUAAUUGCAACAGAUCCCACGUUCCCUUCAAAAGACGCUUUGAGAAAAGCAAGAAUUCUGGUUAGAAGCAAAUACGAGAGUGCAUCAUCGGAUAACUGCGUGAAACUGGCUAGCAUUGGUUUGUUGAUCGUCUUGGAGGAAUACAUGUGGACCCUACAGGAUAGAAUUGAUGCAUUAGAGCUUACGGACAUGGAGUCUCUAAAAAAUUUUAGUUCUUCAUUUUGGAACAAUCCAAAACAGUUGGCCUUGCUCAUUCAAGGAAAUCUUGAAUAUGCAGACGAAAUCAACCACUACCUGAAUAAUAAUUUUACGCAGCACCUAAAAGUGUCCAAUGAAAGGAACAAGCCGACUAUACGCCUUUAUCCUUCGCCCAAUACUAAAGAUAUAGAUCCGGGCACAAAUGCCUUCAUAUCUUGCAACGGUCAUCAAGAUGACCCCAACAAUAGUCUUGCAUAUUUUAUUCAAACUGCACAAAGAGACGAUAUUGAAAACCUGACAUUAACGUUCCUCACGGAAUAUAUAUUUUCACUAACAUUAGUACCUGAUUUAAGGAAUAAGAAGCAAAUAGGGUACAUCGUCUUAAGCGGACUCAGAAUCUUGACAGACACCAUAGGAAUUCAUAUAACUGUGAUGUCUGGAAGCUCGGCGCAUAGCCUUGAAACUAAGAUCAAUGAGUACUUAUCUUAUUUGGAGCUCCAGGUCCUUAAUAAUUUCACCGAAUCCAGUUUUCGAAGGAUACUUCUGGAACCCUUCCUAGCCUUACUAGAGAAGAACAAUUUCAACAAACUUAAAACACUGUCCGGUCCUGCAAACCUUUUAAAUGAAAUAGUGGCCAAUGUUCAAAAUGGCGACAAUUAUAUUCUCAAUAAUAGGCAAAUGAAACAUCACCGAAAAGUAAGAAAUAGCAUUAGCGAGAAACGACUCCAUUUCCAAGAGGAUAAUGAAAUGGUUGACAUCCUAUUCUUGCAAAAAUUAACUUUAAAAGAAUAUUUGGAAUUUUUCAGAUCAAAAAUUUCUAUAUAUUCCAGGCAAAGGAGUAAGCUAUCAAUAAUGAUUACGAGCCCAAUGGCAGAGGAAGAGAUUGCAAGUAGAAAAAUGUUUCUGCAAUUAGAAGCCUUUCUGAAAAUGAAAGGGUUUGCGAUAAAAAGUAGAGACUUGGAAAAAAUUGUUGAGGACUCAAAAGGUAGUCCUGUUCUUCUUCUCAAGAACCUUUUCACUUUUUUUCGUAAAAGAAGUGAAGCUUUUAAACUUGGUACUGUUGUAUUGAAGGAGAUAUCGAAGAUCAUCGCCAUUAAUUUCAAGCAGACGUACGGCUCUGUACUAGGCUUUUCUUCUCAAGACAACGAACUGCAAGGCAUAGACAAGUACUGGAAUGCAGAUGUAGAACCGAUUGUUCCUCUUCGAGAGCUUCCUUGCCCAAACGUUUUCCGGAAAUACGCAUUUUAA